UUCACUGUCCAAAAGCAAUCCAAGUUACUCUCGCGGCCUACCUACACGAUGACCUCCGAAAACAAGAAAUCUGCCCUCACACAAGGUUUGAUGGCUCGGGAGUCCUGGACGGACUACAUCAAUUGGAACGACGAGUACGAUCCCGUCUUUGAGGGUGCAAAUGCAUCGACACACCACCAUCAAGAAUACGGAUCCCAAUAUUCGAACCCGGCAAACUACUCCUCUGAUCGUCAUGAUUUACUCCUCGCCAAUCAAGGUCUAUUAUCCGACUAUGAAUUUGUCUCAGCACCAUCCUCCACAGCAGAAGGCACAUCCCCUUUGGGACAAGACAGUUCUUGGCCCAGUACUACUACCGGGACUUCCCCAUUCAUGGACCGAGCCAUGGCCUACCCGUCAUCUAUCAACGUCUGCGAGGACUUGUUGUCACCUUCGCACGUGUCCGCCAUAUCUCCACUGUUUGGCUCCGACAGUUUUACAUCACCAAACUCCUACCCAACUACGGCAAGGCCACUACCCUUCAACCCCUACUUGGCUACCUCACCCAAUGCUUUCAACAACCUUGACAUUUCCGCUUCUCAGGCCUUGUCAAACCUGGGUUCUUGGGUAGAACAGAGUCCACUUCCGCAGAGCAAUCACGGCGAGUUUUCCAGUCGUGUAGGAAUCAAUGAAAUUCCGGAGAUAGUGUGCGAAGGUACAAUGCCUAUAUCUAUCCCUUUCUCCCAAAAAAGCUCACCCACAUUCCCAUCACAGCAAUGGACUGCAACCCCGACAGAGCCGCAAGAGCAACAGCAGCAGCAACUGCCCACCCCUUCACAGCCCAUUAACAUUUCCCAAUCUCGUUUCCAAAGGCAACAGGUUCCGCCUCUCCUCCCAGUGUCUCCUGAUCACCGAUCGCUGCCUCGGAGUGCAUCCCUUUCGAGCAGUAUAUCUAAACACGAAAGACGGCGUUCCAGAACGUCAAUUUCCCAGUCACGCAAUGAGUAUGCGUGGGUGAAUUACGAGCCGCAGUCUGAAACGAACAGUCUGGUACCAUCAGUAAAUGGCAUCCAGGGUCGCCGUAAUCGAGGUCGCGUAGGUCCUUUGAGGGUCGAUCAGCGAAGCCAUGCUGCCCUCAUGAGACGUGUGGCUUCUUGCAGUAGUUGUCGCAAGCGAAAGGAGAAAUGCGAUCCUGGAAUACCCUGCCGUUCAUGUAUCGAAUACUACAAAGGCGAUCUCAUCAACCACCCUUGCCGCGACUUUCGAAUUUCGGAUCUGUCAAAUGAUUUCCUCGCUGAACGUCUCGGUUGGCAUCCUAUAGAAAGAUCCAUCAGUUCUUUCGUCGGCCCCCAUGGUUAUCACGAAGCUACGGAUCUGACAUAUCGUAUCCCUCUGACCUUCGGCUUCGGCCCUGCGCUGAUGCUCUCCGUCCAUCCUGUACAAAUUGCAGACAUGCCUCGACUUCGCCACAAUCACCUCAUCUACUCUUGGCCACCGAAUACAACGGCCCCGAUUCAGCACACACACGCUGUUCUUCCUGCCGUCAUCACCGCUCAAGCCAAGCUCAGCUUGCAGAACGACUUGGACAAGCAUCUCGCUCUCUUGGUUAAACAGCAUUUUCGAGAGUUCCCGCUGUUCUGCUCCCCUUUGAACAUCCUACGCGAGGUCUAUAUUCUAUACCGUACCCUUCCAACCAUGUCAGCUUACGCUCGUCUACUAGAGCAAUCGCUAAAGCUACUCGUUCUUGUGCAUAUAGGUGGCGACGUCACCCUCCCAACAUCAUCCACGCACCCAGACUUACAAGAUCUAAUGAACGCAACCAUGCAGCAAAACUCCGAGCAGCUCACGACAACUCCCUGCUUCAUCCGCUCGCAGUUCGGCGCCGUCAUGCCCUCCCUCGCGCUCUGCAUCAUGAAGGAAGUACUCCUUUCCUUGGAGCAACUCCUCGUCCACCGUGACCCCAAAGAAUGGCCCAUCGCCCUCGCCACUCUCAUCGUCGUCCUCAUCACCGUCGAAUCUAUCCAGUACCACGCCGCGAAGCUGCCGUACCAUUACUCCUACGACUCCCUCACGUCCCGAUCGCAACUGGAAAGCGAAAGCCGCGUCGACGACGAAGGUGCUGUCAAAUCUUUGCUUGGCUUUUACGCGGUUUGCUUCUCGAGCUGCCAUACCAAACUGCACGAGAGGUGGGAUGCGGGGAGAACGAUGGGGGACGCUGGUCACGGGGCUACGCCUGGGGAUAAGUUCAUCGAGAGCGUCCGCGAAGCAAUCCGCAAAGCAGCUUCUGAAGACGAUUACCUUGUACGCAAGGCGGGUGCCCAACGGGCGGGGGAUGAUAUGAGGUACUUUUUCGACCGGCUGGCUGCGCGCUUGUUGGUCCUAAACCCGUGA